AUGGCGCCCGACGCGCAGAGGCCUAACGGCGUCGCCAAUGAUGCCACGCCUUCCACCCCGCCCGAGGCCAUUGCCGCCCUCUCCCAGCAAUCGCAGCCGUCCAUACCUUCCACCGAGGCCCCGCCCUCGCCCGCCGACCAGGAUCCUGCCUCUUCCUUCAAGACGGAGCUCAACGACGACCGCAUCCCGCCCUCCCACGUCAUACCCUCGUCCUUGACGCCCCCUCCUUCCUCCCAGCUCCAGCUCCCACAGGCCAACGCCGCUGCCGGCCACCCUCUCGGCCUCGGCCCGGGCUACACGGGCUCGCAGAGGCCCGCCAUGUUCUCCCCCCCUGCCACCACGGCCGCCCCCCGCCGUGACCCAGCCCAGCCCGCCAGCGCCGCCGCCGCCGGCUACUCCCCGCCCACGAGUGACCAGGUGGCCGAUGCGUCCCUCGACGAGCUCCGCGCCAUGUUUCAGUCCUGCCUCGCCGAGAACGCCCGCCUGAAGAUGGAGACGGCCCACCACAAGCUCCAGUACAACCUGCUCAGCAUGCAGGCCGACGAGGAGGCCAAGACGGCCGCCGUCGAGCACGAGAUGACCCGUCGUGAGGUCGAGGUCCUCCGCGCGGCCGAGACCUCCCGCCAGGCCCGCCGCGACCUGAACGCCGCCGCCGAGUCCACCCAGGCCAAGUACAUCCAGCUCAAGGCCUGGUACGACCUGGCCGUCGACGAGGUCGACAACCUCAAGAAGCGCGCCAAGCUGGCCCGCAAGGUCAUCCAGCAGAAGGAGGACGAGAUCAUCAGCCUGACCGACGAGCGCGUGCUGCUGCUCAGGCGCAUCCGCGAGAACCGGGAGCAUUUCCACAUGCUGUGCAGCCCUGGCGGCGCCUUUCACGGCGUCCUCACCCCCAAGAUCCCGGCCGCCGCGACGCCUCAGCAGCCUCAGCCCCGCCGGACCACGCCUCGCCAGACCCCGCGCUCCCAGUCCCACCAGUCCCAGUCCCAGUCCCAGCCUCACCGCCAGCACGACAACGACACGCACCAGGCCGGCUUUGCCGCGCUUCUGCAGGCCCUGAGCCACGACAACAACAGCGCGCCCUCGACGCCCACCUCGGCCCACCGGCCCGCUCCUCGCAUGCCGCCGAAGCAUACCCGUGGCGUGCAGUCCCUCUCGUCCCUGCCCACGACCCCGAUCGCCCGGCCGCGCGGCGACCACGCGGCUCUGCUGCCGUCCAUCGACCUGGUGCCCCAGACGGAGCCUGCCCCGCGCUUUGGCGUCCCCCGCCACGUGCCCGAGACGCCCAGGACCCAGCGCGGACGCAAGAGCAGGGAGAGCACCAUCUCGGCCGACGACAACGAAGAACUCGCCCGCGCCGCCCUCGAGGCCACGCAGUCCUUCAUGACACAUGCCUCGGCGCCCUCUGCGGCCGCAUCCACCUCAAGGUCUUCUCGUAGACACGACGGCGACGAAGAGGAGGUGUAUGAAAGCCAGGCCAGCCAGGCAGCGUCGGCCAUGUUGCGUCGGGAUCCGCGCGAGAGCUUUGAUGAGGUGGCCAGCUCGGUGGGCUCGCGCGACGUCACACCGGCACCCGUGGAGAAGAGUGCCAAGCUCCAAGCCAAGCUGUUCGCUCCCGUGAACAAGCGGGGCGCGGGCAACGAGAAGCGUAAGUACAAUGGACACUCGGAAGGCGAGCAGGUCAGGCGCGAGCCGUUCACGAGCCCGGCCAAGAAGAUGAGGUUCGGGCCUGGGGGCGCCGAGGCGAAUCACCGGGUUGGACUGGGCAUUCAGUACGGCCAGUGA